UCACGAGCUGCGUUGCCUUUGUACUUGGGAGGUGGCAGGGGUGCUCUCUAGGACCCAGCGAGCUGCCCCCGAAGCAGCCUGCAGAAAGGCAGCUCAGCAGACUCCUCCUUAUCUCCAGUGUCAAACUUGACAUCAGCCUGCAAGCGGAGCAUGGUAACUUCUCCUGCAAUCAGCGCUCUCACAUCAGUGGCAUGCUGCAUGAAGAUAUGCUCCUCUCCCUGCCCUCUGCACCAGCAACAUGGAUUGUCACGUCUCCAUCCUCCUCCUUGUAAUCUGCUCUGCCCGCAGCUGCUUAGGGGACCUGAUUCUCCAUCCUACAAACGAAGUUAAUCUGCUGGAUUCAAAAGCAAUUCAAGGGGAGCUGGGCUGGAUCUCCUACCCAUCACAUGGGUGGGAAGAGAUUAGUGGAGUUGAUGAACAUUAUACGCCAAUCAGAACUUACCAGGUUUGCAAUGUUAUGGAUCACAGUCAGAACAACUGGCUGAGAACUAACUGGAUUCCACGCAACUCAGCUCAGAAAAUCUAUGUGGAGCUCAAGUUUACCUUGAGGGACUGUAAUAGCAUUCCUCUGGUGCUGGGCACUUGCAAAGAGACCUUCAAUCUCUAUUAUAUGGAGUCCGAUGAUGACCAUUCGGUCAAGUUCAGAGAGCAUCAGUUUACAAAGAUUGACACUAUUGCAGCUGAUGAGAGCUUCACUCAAAUGGAUCUGGGGGAUCGAAUUCUCAAGCUUAAUACGGAAGUUCGUGACAAAAUUCAAGAUGUGGGCGCAUGUGUUGCCUUAGUAUCAGUGCGAGUGUACUUCAAGAAAUGCCCUUUCACUAUAAAAAACCUGGCUAUGUUUCCAGAUACAGUACCUAUGGACUCUCAGUCAUUGGUGGAAGUGCAAGGUUCUUGUGUCAAUCACUCCAAGGAAGAAGACCCACCCAAGAUGUAUUGCAGUACAGAAGGCGAAUGGCUAGUGCCCAUAGGAAAGUGUUUGUGUAAUGCUGGCUAUGAAGAAAGAGGCUAUGAAUGCCAAGCCUGCCGACCUGGGUUCUACAAGGCCUUUGCUGGUAACGUGAAAUGUGCCAAAUGCCCACCACACAGCUCUACCUACGAAGAGGGUUCUGUGAACUGCAGGUGUGAGAAGAAUUACUUUCGAUCUGAGAGAGAUCCUCCAUCCAUGGCUUGCACAAGACCUCCAUCUGCACCACGAAACGUUAUCUCGAAUAUCAAUGAAACAUCAGUUAUCCUAGACUGGAGCUGGCCCCUUGAUGCAGGAGGCCGGAAAGAUGUCACCUUCAACAUCAUUUGCAAAAAAUGCGGAGGGAACAUCAAAUUGUGUGAACCAUGCAGUGCCAAUGUGCGCUUCUUACCCCGUCAGAUUGGACUCACCAACACCACAGUGACCGUAGUAGAUCUUCUGGCACACACCAACUACACCUUUGAGAUUGAUGCAGUCAAUGGGGUGUCUGACUUGAGUACAUUCCAGAGGCAAUUUGCUGCUGUCAGCAUCACAACUAAUCAGGCUGCCCCAUCCCCCAUCACAACAAUUAGGAAAGAGCGGACAUCCCGAAAUAGUGUCUCUCUCUCUUGGCAAGAACCUGAGCAGCCUAAUGGAAUCAUCUUGGACUACGAGGUCAAGUACUAUGAAAAGCAGGAGCAAGAGACAAGUUAUACUAUUCUGAGAGCAAGAGGCACUAAUGUUACCAUCAGUGGCCUCAAACCUGAUACCACCUACGUCUUCCAAAUCCGAGCCCGGACAGCAGCUGGAUACGGAUCAAACAGCCGCAAGUUUGAGUUUGAAACCAGUCCAGAUUCAUUCUCCAUCUCCAGCGAAAAUAGCCAGGUUGUAAUGAUUGCCAUUUCAGCUGCAGUAGCAAUUAUUCUCCUAACAGUCGUGGUGUAUGUCCUGAUUGGGAGAUUCUGUGGCUAUAACAAAUCUAAACAUGGUGCUGAUGAGAAGAGGCUGCAUUUUGGUAAUGGACAUUUAAAACUCCCAGGUCUCAGAACUUAUGUAGAUCCACAUACGUAUGAGGACCCCAAUCAGGCUGUCCAUGAAUUUGCCAAGGAACUAGAUGCUACUUGCAUAUCCAUUGAUAAAGUUGUUGGAGCAGGAGAAUUUGGAGAAGUAUGCAGUGGGCGCCUUAAGCUUCCUUCUAAGAAGGAAAUUUCAGUGGCAAUCAAGACCCUGAAGGUUGGCUACACAGAGAAGCAGAGAAGAGAUUUCUUGGGGGAGGCGAGCAUCAUGGGGCAGUUUGACCAUCCGAACAUCAUUCGUCUAGAGGGAGUUGUCACCAAAAGUAAACCAGUUAUGAUUGUUACAGAGUAUAUGGAGAAUGGUUCUUUGGACAGCUUCCUCCGAAAACAUGAUGCUCAGUUCACAGUCAUCCAGCUUGUGGGCAUGCUUCGAGGGAUAGCAUCUGGCAUGAAGUACUUGUCAGAUAUGGGUUACGUCCAUCGUGACCUAGCUGCACGUAACAUUCUCAUCAAUAGUAAUCUGGUGUGCAAAGUCUCGGAUUUUGGCCUCUCUCGUGUAUUGGAGGAUGACCCAGAAGCUGCUUACACAACUAGAGGGGGGAAGAUUCCAAUCCGAUGGACAUCGCCAGAAGCCAUUGCAUAUCGCAAGUUCACCUCAGCCAGUGAUGCGUGGAGCUAUGGGAUUGUCCUCUGGGAGGUGAUGUCCUAUGGAGAGAGACCCUACUGGGAGAUGUCCAAUCAGGACGUAAUCAAGGCUGUGGAUGAAGGGUACCGCUUGCCACCUCCUAUGGACUGCCCAGCUGCCUUGUAUCAAUUGAUGCUGGACUGCUGGCAGAAAGACAGAAAUAACAGACCCAAGUUUGAGCAGAUUGUCAGCAUCCUGGACAAACUGAUCCGUAAUCCCAGCAGUCUGAAAAUAAUCACUAAUGCGGCUGCAAGGCCAGCAAAUCUUCUCCUGGACCAAAGCAACGUUGACAUCUCAGCCUUCCGCACAACAGGUGACUGGCUUAAUGGAAUUCGGUCAGGACAGUGCAAGGACAUCUUCACGGGUGUGGAAUACAGUUCAUGUGACACUAUAGCCAAGAUUUCCAUAGAUGAUAUGAAGAAGGUUGGUGUUACGGUUGUGGGGCCUCAGAAGAAGAUUAUUAGCAGUAUUAAAGCGCUAGAAACUCAUACAAAGAAUGGCCCUGUUCCUGUGUAAGGUACCAAAAUGAUGUUGCUCAGGUCAAAGAGAGACAAGUUGCGUCAAAGGGCAAACAGUGACCACUGCGGAAACUGCACGAAUUAAAGGAGCUCUCACAACGUUGGGAACAUUGGUGGAAAUUUCAAGCCCACUAAGAAACUCAAAUAUUGAGUACAAAUGCCUUAAAAAUAGGAACAAAAAUUUUUAAUCCUAAAGGGUGGGUGCUUUCUUUUCCCCUUCUAGUAUCUAAUUGAUAAUACAGACAAUAAUUUUGAAAAGAAAAAAAUAUGUAUAAACCCUCCAAGUAUAACAGUGAAAGUGAAUUCUAGAGCCAUUUGAACAUUUACUGACUGAAUAUCAUGAAACACCACGGACAGAAAAGCUGUGUGUUUGAUCAACAGCAGCAACAACAACCACAAAAAAAAGACUUGCAGUAUUUUUAUACACAAAAGAGAUCUGUAACAGGCAUUUUAUUUCUUUAAAGGCAAGCAAAAUCGAGGGAUUAUACCUCAAAUUUAUCUGGCCAUAUUUACAAUAAUAUUACUGUCAUCCUUUGUUUCGACUGUGGAAAGGCAUAGAGAAAUAAAAUUUGUAGUGACUUUGA